AUGGAGAAGUGUGUUCACAAGGCCUGUGGGAAGACUUUCUCCGACCCUGAAGAGGAGUGUGUGUAUCAUCCAGGGCCUCCGGUGUUCCACGAGGGGCAGAAAGGUUGGAAAUGCUGCAAGCCCCGCGUCCUGACCUUUGAGGAAUUCCUCGCUAUCCCACCCUGCACAACCGGCAAGCAUUCUACAGUCGAUGAUACACCUGCUCCAGAGCCCAAGAAGGUCGAGGAGGCCCCUCCUCCAGUGGAGAAGAAGAAUGAGCGCCCGCCCAUUGCCACACCCCCUGCCACGGCCACCGCCGCACCUCCUGCAAAGCCGGUAGUCGAGGAGCCUGAGUCGGAUGACCCGGACGUGGAGAUCCCCGCGAACGCCACCUGUCGCCGGAGAGGCUGCGGUGCCUCUCACAGCGGGUCAAUUGCCCGCGACGACGAAAAGUGUGUCCACCACCCAGGCCACCCUGUCUUCCACGAGGGAAGCAAGGGAUGGUCAUGCUGCAAGCGCCGCGUACUGGAGUUCGACGAGUUCUUGAAGAUCCCCGGAUGCACAGAGAAGACAAGGCACAUGUACGUGGGCAAGGCCAAGGCUGCUGGGGAGGAGAAGGUUGAGACCGUUCGAAACGAUUUCUACCAGACUCCCACCGCGGUCAAUGUCUCGCUCUACCUCAAGAAGAUUGACAAGGAACGCGCCCAGGUCAAAUUCACUGCCAACUCCCUUGUCCUCGACCUGCCCACUACCGAUAACAAGCGCUACCAGGAUACAUAUUCCCUCUUUGCUGCGAUUGACCCUGAGCAGUCGACAUUCCGGGUCCUGGGCACCAAGUUGGACCUGAAGCUCAUCAAGGCCGACGGCACCAGCUGGCCUGUGCUGCGCAGUGAUGACAAGUGGGAUGGAACACGCAUCCAGAUUGGAAAUGCUGGACACGCAUGA